AUGUCCGACCCGACCCUCUUCCUCUACACCUCCCUGACCGCGGGGUCGUCGCACAUCGUCACCGCAACCGCCCGUGUGGAAACCAUUCUCAAGGCCAACAAACUGCCCUUCCGAGCCAUUGAUGUGGCCACUGAUGAUGCUGCCCGGAAACUCUGGGGUCGGCGUGCCAAGGGCAAGAAGCUGCCGGGAUUGGUGAAAUACGGCAAUGUUGUGGGGGAUCUAGAGGAGAUUGAGGAAUGGAACGAGUUUGGGGAAUUGCGCAUGGUCGUCAACAGCGUCCAGGACCUGGAUGGCAUGCCGGCGACGAGCAACCCGGUCGCUGCCCCGCCCGAGACCAAACCUGCACCCACGCCUGUCCAGACACAGCCUGUCACUCCGAAGCCCUCGACAAUUAAGAUCCAAAGCCCACCGACUACCAAGACUGAGGAGAAGAAGGAUGAGCAGGCGGUCCUGGCGCUGCGCCAGGCCAGCGAGGAGGCUGCGUCCAAAGCAAAGACGAAGCCGGCCAAUGUGACGGAGCCGAAGGAGCCUAAGGAGGGACCUAAGGAAGAGCCUAAGCACGAAGAGCCCAAAGUCGCACCCAAGGAGGAGCCCAAAGAAGAGCCGAAGGAGGAAUCCAAGGACGCACCCAAGGAGCCCAAAGAUGAAUCCACAGAGAAAUCAAAGGAGAUACCAAAUGCAGAGGCUCAGGAGGGCACCGUUCUUCCCAAACUGCACCGCGGUUCGGUAGCUCCCGAACUGCCAGACACCGCGCCUGACUCGCCCAAGGCCCCCAAGCGCCCGCCUCUGGUGCCCGAGGUUGCGGCCGUCUCGUCAGCCAACUUCCAUGCCGACAACGCCGAGAUCCUGGGGCUGGUGGAGCACCAUCGCGGCUCGAUCAUCUCGACUACGGACAAGGACGAGCAGGAUAAAGUGGUGCACGAAAUCCGGCAAUCCAUCUCGGCGGAAGAGCCUGCCGGGUCCCUCGAUGCGCUUCGCAAAGAAGCUGCACAGAAGUCGGAAAAGCCGGUCGAGGCGAUUGACGAGGAACCAGCUUCAAGUGUGGUGGAUGAUGGGAAGACUGAUGCGAAGGACGAGAAAGACGAGAAGGAUACUAAGGACGCAAAGGAUGCCCCCGAGGAGGCUACGGAGGAACCCACGCAGGCGCAGGAUCCCAAGUCUGCUGAGCAGGCGACUGCCGCCGUCCUGGAUUGA